AGUCUGGACAUCUAGCUGUGUGUCAGAGCUCCUCAGGGCUGCCCUGCGGAGGGUUUUACAGCAAUAUAUUCUCUCCAGAGCAGGUCAUGCUGGGAACAUUCACCCCUUUUGGACAUGGCAGUGUCUGCUUCCCUGACAGCAAAAUGUUUGCUCUGCAGUAUAACCAGAUAGGUGGAGUGAUGUCUGAUAAAGAAGGUGAAAUAGUGAAAGAAUGGCUAUGGCCGCGGAAAGGAAAGUUAUCUGAUCCAAUUACAUUGCAGGUUAAUGAAAACAUAUCUGUUAAGAUUGUGGGUCAGUUUGCUAUUACGUUGAUCUACAAAUGGCAGCAUGAAACUGUGCGCUUAUCUCUGUCACCCCUCCUUGACGUUGCCCCUCCGCAGCUGGAAGAUCUGGGGCUGCUGCUGACUAAUGAACAUUUUUCUUCAAGAACAGCGAGAGAGCUUUGCAAGGGUAUCAAGAAAAAGGGAAAGGAUAAAGACUCAAAAAAGAAUCCAAAGAAAGCUACCAUUUUAUCACAGCUGGCAAAAACGCUUGAAAUUCCUGAAAAUCAAAUAAGCACAUUAAACGACUAUAGUGCAGCUAUGGAGCUCCACAAGAUCCAGAGAAAAGUCCGAAACAUUGUGGAUGACUGGAUGGACCACUACCGCUUGGCUUUGGGUAUUGACUCCCCUCAUAUAAAAAAGAUGUCCGAGGCUCCUCCAAAAAUGUCAAGGAGACGUAAAGUUCAGUCUGCCAUUGUGUUUCCUGUAACAUUAUCUGCUCCAAAGUCAGGAACCAUCAAGCAGACUGAUACAGAGGAUACGAGUCCAGAAAGUCUUCUUCAAGAACGUUUUCGGUCUGCUCCAGCUUAUACCCACAUGAAGCGUUGGGAUACUCCUCGGAGCUCUACUUCUCCCAGACCUUCUUCUCUUCGAAGUUCGAAAAAAGAACGAACCAUUACAGAAUCCAGUCUCAGUAAGAGUGUAUCUAAUUUACUGAUCAUCAAUAAAUCAAGGUUGCCUACAGUCACCCCUGGACCUCUGCUAUCUGUUGAACAAAACUCUGAGAACCCAUGGCACAUGACCUGUCAUGCAUGUCCUGUUGUCCUACAAAACGUCCUCUUGGGUCAAGAAGGCCAGAUGUGCAGAUGCAGCAACCACCAGGUUCCCUAUGUCAGCGACUUGGAAUAUGACCAACUGAUAAACAAGACGUCAUGCACUGAUCAAAUCACAGUUGUGUGUGUUGUGUCAUCAUUAACAUCAGAAGAAAACGAGAGCAAAGAUGUGUUAGACAAACUGUAUGAGAAAAUGAACCGUUACCGAACCAUGCCAUGUAUGCAGGGUCGAACAGACUCUUUCCGCCUUUUAAAAUAUGAUAUCAGCUCACCGAAUGAACUCACUGGUCACAAGAAUUCAUUACUGGUCCAAAGGCACAAUGCAGCCCCAGGCAUGAUCUUGAUGUAUGUUCGUGGAAAGCUAUUAUUUGCAAACUACAUUUUUAAUGGUUAUGGCCGAUCACUCAAAGAUCUUCACAAGCAAAUAGCUCAAACUAGGAGUGAAUACCAAAUGGGAUACAGUCUCCCCAAUGACUUCAAAUUCAGUCACGAAGGCCUUCAGAGUUAUUCAUCUCUUAAUACAGUGCAGGCAAGAUAAAGAAAUCUGUUAAUUGGCUCAGGCUGUCAGGGAAGUUCAUUAAACCAUGGCACCUGUGGCAGUCUAAGUGCGGGCAGUAGGAAGUGGAAACCAAGGCCAGCCGCAAGCUGACGUCUGCAUGGCGUAAACAUUGUGCUUGUGAAGAUACUUGUAAAUAUUAAAUAGAACUAUUUUAGAAUGUAUAUUUAUGUUUUAUGUAUUUCUUACCUGGUUGCAUAAAAAGAUGUAGUUGA